UUUAUAAAAACCUUGAGGACAAAAUGUCAAAUUCUAUACAAGCGAUUGGACUAACAGCAUAUUUUAACCUUACAAAAACAUUUCUGCCACAUCAACGACCAGAUUGAGCUCACACAUGCAAGUACAAUUGCUAUAGGGAAAGUUCCAAAACCGAGGGGUGGGUGAGGCGCCAAAGUUCCAAUUCCCGUUGGAUUUGGGUUCCGUUAAAGAUGGAGAGAGGAAAGAAACGCAGAAGAGAAGCAGAAGAGAUCGAGGCUGAAAAUAGAGACGCUAAUCAUUCUCUUUCCCUAGAGCAAAAUCUCAGCUUUAGCGAUACUAAUGUGGCCCUUCGUAUGAUGCGAGCUCAGUUUCCUCAAAUUGAUAAGGUCGCAAUUCAACCUUUUAUUUUACAGUCACAAUUGUAUAGCAGUGUAAAGGACAGAACUCAAGUGGAUAGGGAGCUAGAGUCUCUAAGGAGGGACAAGGUAGUGCGCAUAUUCAAACUAAAUACAGGGCAAGAUGAUCAUGGAAUAAUGUUUUUAGAAGAUUAUCUAAAACAGUUAGAGCAUGUUGUCAAAAGAAUGGAAGAAAAGAAACAAGGUGAUGUUGAUGUUUUUAAGUGGUUUAAAGGGCAUGUUAUUGAGUCCAAGCUGGAACCUAGCAUUGAACAUGAAGAACUGUAUGCACUCUUAUCACUAGGGGGACAGGUGAAAGAUGGACACAUAUCCCUCCUAAUCAAUGCUGGCCUUCUUACUCGCCAAUUGAUUGAUCCAAAUAUGUACUGGUUUGCAAUCCCAAAUAUAGGUUCAGUACUGAAAGGACUCUCCCAGGGAAGGAAGGAACUCCUUUCUCUUUUAAAUCGUAGGAGAUAUAAAGAGAUGAUGUUGGCCCCUCUUGAGAAGAUGCGCCUUCGAUUGUCUCCUCUUGAUAUGAGGUUUCUCCUUCGUGACUUGAUUGGAUCAGGUCAUCUUAAAACUGCCCAUACACCAUCUGGUAUAGUUGUUCAGGUUUCAAGGGAUUAGAUCUCAGGAAGAUGCUACUAGCAGUGACAGGUGGUUUAUAUUGCUUCUCUUUUGGCUCAGUCUUAAAUAUCAGGUUUAGGUACUAACGUACUUGACUUGUUAGCUUUUAAUUCUUUAUAUCAUCUGUCAACUAGAUGAAGAAAAUUUUUUAACAGGUUGACGAAAGAGCCACAAGCAACAAUUGUUGUACACUCAUGUGCAUUGCAAAUAAUGCAGGAUGAAGUGCGUGUCUUCCCUUCUAAAUCUUGUACUAUUCAUUUAUUUGGCAACCUUCCAUGAUUAAAUUCUUGAGAAUGUGUACUGUUCAAAACAAAUUUUAACGUUUUGAAUUGAUGGGUUAAGGAAUUAAUAUCAAAUUAAAAGAUCGGAAUGGCAAAUCUUUAACGUUUUUAAAA